GACGUCAUCACGCAGGGCCCCUUGCCGGCCGGGCCUUCCCUGCGGAGGAGGCGGCGGAGCCCCGGGACGGGCCCGGGAAAAAGCGGGAAAAAAACGGGAAAAAAGCGGGAAAAACGGGAUAAAAUCGGGAUAACCGGGAGCGCCGGGAGCCGCGGGAACAGCGCAGCGCCCGCGCCGCCGCAGCCAUGGUGUUCUACUUCACCUCCAACGCGGCGGCGGCGGUGUACACCAUCUACAUGGGCAAGGACAAGUACGAGAACGAGGACCUGAUCAAGUACGGCUGGCCCGAGGACGUCUGGUUCCACGUGGACAAGCUCUCCUCGGCUCACGUCUACCUGAGGCUGCACCAGGGCCAGACCAUGGACGACAUCCCCAAGGAGGUGCUGAGCGACUGCGCCCACCUGGUCAAGGCCAACAGCAUCCAAGGGUGUAAACUGGCCUCGGUGUCGGUGGUGUACACGCCCUGGAGCAACCUGCGCAAGACGCCCGACAUGGACGUGGGGCAGAUCGGCUUCCACCGCAGCAAGGACGUGCGCUCGGUGACGGUGGAGCGUCGCGCGGCGGAGCAGCUGCGGCGGCUGGAGCGGACGCGCGUGGAGCGCUUCCCGGACCUGGCGGCGGAGCGGGAAUGCCGGGACCGCGAGGAGCGCGGGCGGCGCCGGCUGGAGCUGCAGGAGCAGCGCCGGCAGCAGCGCGAGGAGCAGCGCCGGAAGCGGGAGAUGGACGAGCUCCGGAGCUACUCGUCCCUGAUGAAGGCGGAGAACAUGUCCUCCAACCAGGACGGGAACGACUCGGACGAUUUCAUGUGAGGAUCCCGCUCGGGAAUUCCCAGGAAAAGGAACUCGGGGAGCCCGGGAACGCUCCCGGCCCCUCUGCCGGACUUUGGGGGGAAUUCCCGGGAAUGUCGGAGCCAACAAAGCCUGGCAUCGUCCGGG